CUGCUGGCACCUUCCCCACGCCCUGUGUCCUCAGGGCUCUCACCUUGCGAGGCCUUGGGGUGCUGGCUUUGGACAUGACUCGGGGCACGGGAGGGCUGCCCCUGCUGCUGCUGAGCCUCGCUGUGCUGGAUCUCCCCCUGGGGACCACUCUCAAAGAUAUGACAAACCCUACAUCCCUGACUCCCAACCUCCUUGACACCCACAGAGACCAUGGCACCACUGUCCAACACCAGCUCAAGCUCUGCAGCCACCUUCCCUUCCUCUCAUCCUGCAACCUCCACCCCAGAGAUGCCAAUGGGUGCCUUCACAUCCAGUGCUUCUACAGCUCAGCGGAGCAGCCUGGCAGCCUCCAACAUCACCACACCACAGGCAAGGGGCAGCACAGCUGACAGCACUCCUGUGUCACCUGGGCUGGCACCCAGCACCAGCAAUACCCCAGCAGGGCUGGAAACCACGACCAGCACCCCCCCAGCAGGGCUGGGGCUGACGACCCCCAGCACACGGACUCCAAGCUCCAUGGCCAUGACACCCAGCUGUGACAAGACUACCACUGUCAUGUCUGUGGGGACCAGCACAGCCCUGGCUGCCAGCUCAUUUGGAGUUGAAGUGAGCAUGGUGCCUCCCUCCACCUCUACUCUUCUCUCCUCCACUGGGGUGGGCACCACGCUUGGGACCAGCCCCCACCAAGAGCCAGCCAUGACCACACUGCCUGGCAGCACAUCCCCAGGGACCAGCACCACCUCUUCUUCCACCACCCCAGAAGUGACAGACACUUCAGAUGGGCCCUUCAUGACCCCAUCAGACACCAUGACCUCCCUUGUUACCACCACAAAGGCCCCUGGGAGCACACCUGUCCCCAGCCACCCAGUUGGGACCACGCCUAGGACCACCCCUGGUACUUCCACCCCUACAGAACCAGAGAGCCCCAGUGACACUGCAGAGACCACUGCUAUAGGUGUGACAGCAACUGUGUCCCCAGCUCUCCCUACCUCCUCAACACCCAUGGAGAGCUCAACACUGCUGCCUACCACUGACUCUACCACCACAGCCACCCUCCUUUCCUCCAGCCCUGAAACAGAAGCCUCCACCCCAGAGGAGUCCAGCACAUCCAUAGAGACUGGCAACACCUCACCUCCCGCUGUGCUUCCUCCCACUACAACUACAGAAGAUUCAGCUGAAUCUACAGAAGAGACCUUGGCAACCCUGGCAGACACCACAGCCAGCCCUGUUAUCAGCACAUCAGACCUCAUGAGCAUUCCCUCUUCAAGCUACCCAGACAGGACCACUCCUGACAUCUUCCCCUCAACUAUGGAGUCGACUCCAGGCACUGAGCCCUCUUCCCCUGCCACCAGCUCAGCCCAAACCUUGGAGGCUGCUACCCUCAGCACACCUACAGCCCUGCCAGUGCUGCCACCAGCCUGCUCCUCUGGCUCAUCCAACACCAGUGCAUCUCACCUCUUUCUGUCGCUGCGGCUAACCACCCCUCUGGACCUGGGGAACACCACGGUGCAGGAGCUGCUGUUGUCCAAGCUCCGUGAGGACCUGCAGACAGCAUUCCCAUGUGCUGGCCUGUCACUGGCAUGGCGAGGGAAGAGGAGGACUUGACUGCUGCCCCUCACCUGGACUGCCAAGCCACCUGCUCCCAGCAACUGACUCCAUGGAGGUGCAGGCCCCUGGGGAAUCCCACACAGCUCCUCUUGAACCUGGGGCUUCCUAUCCUUCACUCUGUACCCCCAGUCCCCUCCUGCCCCUUCCCACAGCCUGUCUGAAGAGCCUGAGCCCUCCCACCACCCUGCUCCAGACCUGGUUCCUCCUCCAGCUCUGCUGGGGGGCUGGGAGAAGGGGACCCCAUGAGACUGGGCUUUUACAUCUGGGACUGAGCUGGCUCAGCCAUCAAAGCCACCCUGGGGACAGAGGAAUGAGAGGAAGGAGACCUGAAGCCCCCAGUACUGCUGUGCCCAAGACUCACCUGUGGUAUUGCUGACAGAGGAGAGCACCCAUGCCGGGCAGUAAACAGAAAUUCCAUGUUUUCUGUGUUGAA